UCUAAAAUACAUGCCAAGAGGGCAUCAUUGUGUGACCAGUCAGGUGAUUAGGAAAAAGUACAACAUUUGCAUCCGAGUGGAUUUUAAAUUGCAUUUGCAGCCUGUGCUGGGUUGGUGGAACAUGGGCACGCGGAUCCACAAGGUCUCUGGACUUAUCGUCUCGUUGAUAUUUACCUGUCAUCUAGUGAAUGUGGCUCAGAGCUCCAAGGUGUGGGGAGAAGUGCCGCUGCCCGAGGACCUGGAUUCAUCAAGGACUGUUGUCCAAAGAUCUCAGCGCUUCCUGGACGAUGACGAGGACUUCGCUGCCGAUGAAGCAUCAGGAGAUCUGCCCAGUGGAGAGGAGGACGGAAGCACGCCAGAACCCACAGUGGUGACUGAGAUCAGCACAACGUACUACAGAGCUCUGGUGAACUUCACAGACUCCAUCGUGUACAGGCCUGACAUGGAGGACAUCUACUCGCUGUCUUUCCAGGAGAUUUCGGAUGCGGUGGUGGACACGUUGGAGUCAGAGUACAACAAGAUCUCAGGCAUCCAGACUGUAAAUGUGGUCCUCAUCAAGAAGAUGCCCAGGCAGAAUGGAGUGGAUGUGUUUGUAGAGCUUGACGUGGGCUCUGACUACAACAACAACGAAAAUCAGAUCCGCAACGUGUUGUAUGGAGUGGUGAAGGAGGGAACCAUCGCCUCCUACAUCACCUCUGUUCAGGGAUUCCAGUUCAGACGCCUGGGAGAAGUGAUCCCCAACCCUCUGCCCUGCAUGAAGGAUGAGCACACGUGUCAGGAUGGGGGUUGCAUCCCUCUGGAGUACCUGUGUGACAACAGACCUGAUUGCAAUGACAUGAGUGAUGAGCUGGAUUGUGAUCAGAUUCAGCCUGGACCAGUGACCCCCACCCCCACCCCUCCCACCACCACCCCCAUCAAGAAGUCCACACGCCCCCUUGGCCCCGUAGGGCCCUGCAAAGUGGACCAGGCCACCUGCCAGAACGGGGAAUGUGUCCCCAGAGACUACCUGUGCGAUGGAGAGAGGGAUUGCUCUGACGGCAGCGACGAGUUCAGAUGUGGCACUCCCUCUCCCUGUGAACCCAAUGAGUUCAAGUGUAAGAACGGCCGCUGUGCUCUCAAGCUGUGGCGCUGUGAUGGAGACAACGACUGCGAGGACAACUCAGACGAGACCGACUGCCCCACCAGAGGUCCAGGUGACACGUGUGCCCCAGAGCAGUUUGUGUGCCUCAGUGACCGCACCUGCAUCCCAUCUAGCUACCAGUGUGAUGAGGAGCCCGACUGCCCUGACCGCUCGGAUGAGUUCGGCUGCACUCCUCCCACAGUGACCAGUCCCCCAGAGGAAUCUAUUGAGGCGGAGCGGGGGGAGACGGUGACUUUCAACUGUGUGGCAGUUGGUGUUCCCACCCCCAUCAUCACCUGGAGGCUCAACUGGGGCCAUAUCCCCAUCAGUGGCAGGAUCUCAUUGACCAGUGAGAAUGGGCGUGGCAGCCUGACCAUCCGUGACGUAAAGGAGGCGGACCAGGGGGCGUACACCUGUGAGGCCAUCAACGCCAAAGGCCUUGUGUUUGGUAUCCCUGACGGGGUGCUCAGCCUCACACAGAAACCAGGAAACUGUCCCGACGGUCACUUCAGUGUGGAGGGACGUUGUAUCUCCUGCUUCUGCUUCGGCAUCACCAAGAACUGUGGGAACACUGGACGCUACCGAAACCAGAUCAAUCUGCGCUUCACUGACGAGGACGACUUCAAAGGAGUGAACGUGACAUACCCCUCUCGGCCGGGCACCCCUCCUCUCUCCUCCACUCAGCUCCUCAUCAACCCAGAGGAAGAGGAGUUCCAGCUAGUCGACCUAUCACGGCGCUUCCUCAUCCUUGAUUCAUUUUGGACGCUGCCACGCCAGUUCCUGGGAAACAAGAUUGACUCCUAUGGAGGGUCCCUGAAGUACAAGGUGCGCUACACGCUGGCCCGUGGCGAGACUGAGCCUGAGGAGAAACCAGACGUGGUCCUGACCGGGAACGGUCAGAGACUGGUCUACCGCAGGGGCAACCCCACCCCCUCCAGAGAGGUCAACCAGAAGGAGAUCAAGUUUACUGAGGACAACUGGCAGCACUCGUCGGGUCGCCAGGUGUCCCGUGAGGACCUGAUGAUGACGCUGGCCAGCCUGGAGAGCAUUAGCAUCCGCACCAUCUACGACAACCACAUGGUGAGCGUGGCGCUCAGCGACAUCGUCAUGGACACCACCACUGUGGAGUACAACAUCCAUGACAAUGCCAAAGAUGUGGAGGAGUGCAGGUGUCCCCCUGGCUACUCAGGGCUGUCCUGUGAACAGUGCUCCACUGGCUUUGAGCGUGUGUCUGGGGGGAACUUCCUGGGAUCCUGUGCUGGAUGUAACUGUAACGGACACGCCAGCGCCUGCGACCCCAUCAGUGGACACUGUCUGAGCUGUCAGCACAACACUGAAGGUCCUCAGUGUGACAAGUGCAGACCAGGCUACUUCGGUGACCCCAGGCGAGGUCGCCCCGAUGACUGCAAGCCCUGUCCCUGCCCAUACACUGAGACAUCCCGCAGGUUCUCCGACACCUGUUUCCUGGACCAUGACUCCCAGGCCACGUGCGACGCCUGCGCGCCAGGCUACACCGGCCGUCGCUGUGAAAAGUGUGCAUCUGGGUAUCAGGGUAACCCAUUGCAGCCCAAUGGCAAAUGUUUUACAACCCCAAACUCAAAGUGUGAUAUUCGAGGAACAGUGAAUUCCAACAGCAGACCAUGCGCCUGCAAGUCCAACGUGGCGGGGUCGCAGUGUGACGAGUGUAAGAGCGGCUCCUUCCACCUGACGGAGGACAACCCAGAGGGCUGUCUGCAGUGCUUCUGUAUGGGCGUCACCAAGCAGUGUGUCAGCUCCACGUGGAGCCGAGACCAGGUCCGUGGCGGUGUGAAUGGUCAGCUCUUCUCCCUCUCCAACGGAGCCAAUACCAGAACAAUCACAGACGGCAUCACUCAGAGAGGCUCCUCGGGGGUGGCGUACCGCUCCUUCUCUGACAUCCCCAAGGACAUCUACUACUGGGUCCUACCAGACAGCUUCAGAGGAGACAAGGUGACAGCCUACGGCGGGGAGCUGCGCUACACUGUGCACUACGAGCCCCGACAACGCUCCCUGGUGAUUGACAGACAGCCAGACGUGGUUCUCCAAGGCAACGGCAUCUUCCUGGAACACUUCUCCCAGAUUAAGCCCCUCCCCCCCGCCACUGUCACUGUCACCUUCAGAGAAUCUGCAUGGAGGCGUGCUGAUGGACAGCCCUGCACACGUGAACACCUCCUCAUGGCCUUGGCUGACACUACAGUCUUCAUGAUCAGAGCCACCUACGCUGUCAACAUGGUUGAGUCCAGUCUCUCAGACAUCCGGAUGGAUAUUGCAGUGCCACAUUCCACAGGCAACGAACGGGCCCUGGAAGUGGAGGAGUGUGCCUGCCCCCAGGGCUACAACGGGCCAUCAUGUCAGGAGUGUGAUGUGGGCUACACCCGUACAGGCUCUGGGCUCUACCUGGGUACCUGUGAGAGGUGCGACUGUAACGGCCACGCCAGCGGCUGUGACCUGGAGACAGGCGCGUGCUUGCAAUGCCUUCACAACACGGCCGGCCCAAGGUGUGAGCGCUGUUUGCCAGGUUUCUACGGCAACCCUAUGACGGACGGACCUCAGGCUUGUCAGUCCUGCCCCUGCCCUGGCACUUCCCCCAGCAACCAGUAUUCUCUGUCUUGCUACAAGGAUGCGGACGGUCAGCCGACAUGUGAUAACUGUCCCCCUGGCUCCACCGGCCGGCGCUGCGAAAGAUGUGCUGCUGGGUACACAGGCAACCCACAGCUUGGACAAACGUGUAUUGUUGGCAACAAUGAUCUGAAUGAUAACUGCUACGACUGUGAUCAGAGAGGAAGUGAAGGAUGCAAUGGAAAUGGUGUGUGUCGCUGCAAGAUGAACGUUGAGGGCCCUGAUUGCUCCAACUGUAAGCAGGGAACCUUCCACCUCAGCACAGACAACAAAGAUGGCUGCCUGUCCUGCUUCUGCAUGGGAGUCACUCAGCAGUGCUCCAGCUCCUCCCACGACAGAGACCAGGUGUCAUCCGUCUUUGCCCCAGGCAACUUCCAGGGCUUUGCUUUGGUCAACCGGCAGCGCACCAACCGCAUCUCCACCGGAUUCACCGUGGAGGUGUCCACUGACGGCACCCAGCUCUCCUACAGCAACUUUGACUACCUGGGCCAGGAGCCCCACUAUUGGCAGCUGCCCGAGGCUUUCCAAGGGGAUAAGGUGAACUCGUAUGGUGGGAAGCUGAAGUAUACCAUCUCCUAUGUAGCCGGCCAGAGAGGAACAGCCAUCGAAGACGCUGAUGUUCAGAUUAUUGGAAAUGACAUCACCCUGGUGGCUCGCCAGCUUUGGCAGAGGGGAAAGGUUACAAGAGAGUCCCGCCAGUUUGAGCUCGUCUUCAGAGAGGAGAACUGGCGUCGCCCAGACGGCAUGCCUGCCACUAGGGAGCACCUGAUGAUGGUGCUGGCUGACCUGGAUGACAUCCUGGUGCGGGCCUCCUACUACACAGAGAUGAGGUCCUCCAGCAUCUCCGAGGUCAGCAUGGAGGUGGCCGUGCCCAACUACAGCGGCCUGGCUCAGGCUCUGGAGGUUGAGCAGUGCCGCUGCCCGCCCGCCUACCAGGGACUCUCCUGUCAGGACUGUGCCCCUGGCUACACUCGUACCGGAGGGGGCCUGUACCUGGGCCACUGUGAGCUGUGUGAGUGCAACGGGCACUCUGACUCCUGCCACCCCGAGAAUGGCAUCUGCACGAGCUGUCUGCACAACACCCAGGGAGAGCUGUGUGAGCAGUGUGCCCCAGGUUUCUAUGGGGAUCCCACCGCUGGAACCCCAGAGGACUGCCAGCCCUGUGCCUGCCCUCACACCGACCCUGACAACCAGUUCUCCCCCACCUGUGAGAGCCUUGGUAACGGUGGUUAUCAGUGUACUGCUUGCCAGCCUGGAUACACUGGCCAGUACUGUGAGCGCUGUGCAACUGGAUACGUUGGAAAUCCACAAGACAGGAUUAAGUGUCGUCCAUUCAAUACGGCAGCCUCCCUGGUGGUGAAAGUGUACCCUGAGAGGGUUUUGGUGGCCCAGGGCAGCCCAGUGACCCUGCGGUGCCAGGUGACCGGCCCUCCACCCCACUACUACUACUGGUCCAGGGAGGAUGGACGCCCCGUGACCAACAGCGCCGUCAGACAGAGACAAGGAGAGGAGCUGCAUAUCCCCAGUGUUCAGCCCAGUGACACAGGCAUGUAUGUCUGUACCUGCAGGGACCAACGCAACACCAACAGGAGCCGCGCUGAGAUUGUCGUCACAACUGUCUCGUACAAACCCAUUCAAGUGACCAUCGAGGAGCCCAAAGCACGGAGUGUCACAGUUGGCGCAACAGUCAGCUUCAUCUGCACAGCCAAGAGCCAGUCUCCAGCCUACACCCUGGUGUGGACUCGGCGGGGUAACGGCAAGCUGCCCAACAGAGCCAUGGACUUCAACGGCAUCCUGACCAUCCAGAACGUCCAGCCUGAGGACGCUGGCAUCUACGUGUGUACAGGCUCCAACAUGUUUGCCAUGGACGAGGGUACUGCCGUCCUCUACGUGCCAGAGGCCUCACAGACUCAGAUGUUUUACACGACCUAUGAAAUGUUGGAAGGACAUGGAAAGCCUCGCGGGGGGGCCCAGCCAGUGGCUACUGUCACUCCCUCUGUCCUGACCAUCCAGCAAGGAGGCCAUGCUGAGUUCCACUGUACUGUGACUGGCAACCCUACCCCUGCCACCGAAUGGAUAGGUCCCGGUAAUAGGAUGAGCCCCAAUGCUGUGGUCCGUGGAGGGGUCCUGACCAUCCCUGCUGUGGAGAGCGAGAAUGGAGGGGAGUACGUCUGCAAGGCCCUCAACACCCACGGAGAACACACAUCACGGGCUGUCCUCCACGUUAGUGGUUCCCAAACUGUGGGUCGGAACCCACUUGUGGGUCACAGCAGGGGUCCAGCUUCAGGUGCCAGCCUGCCCCACGUGCAGGUGAGCCCCCAGAGGGUGGACAUCUAUGAGGGUGAGACUCUGAGGCUGUACUGCAGGGCUGGAGGCAGGCCCAGCCCCGGACUCACCUGGAAGAAACAGGAAGGACAACUCCCCCCGCAGGCCAUUCCUUCUCACGGUUUCCAACCGUUUAAAAGCAACAGUCUCGAUGUGUUACAGAGACGUAUUGAGGAGCUGCAGGCCAGUAUGGAGCGCACAGACAUUGGCACCCUGCUAAUCCCUAACAUCAAGUCGUCUGACUCUGGCACCUACUUGUGUGUGGGCACCAACUCCAUCGGAUCCUCAGAGGCUCGCAUCGAGGUCACUGUCAAUAGAGCAAUAGGAGGAGACACCAUCUCGUCAGCCAUCACCAUCCAGCCCUCCAUAGCUGACGUCCAGGAGGGACAGAGCCUGGACCUCAACUGUUUUGUCCCUGGUAACCCCCCACCUGCUGUCACCUGGAGGAGGGAAAGUGGACGCCUGUCCACCAAUCACCAGGUUCUGGGCACCAAGCUGCGUAUCCUCUCUGCCGGUCCAGAUGACUCUGGGAAGUAUAUCUGUCUUGUGGAGGGAGGGCCUGGUACUCCUGUCCGUCAGGCCUCAGUCUCUGUCUCAGUCACUGCCACCUCCUCUCGUCUGCAGACACCCAUCAUCUCCAUUGAGCCCCAAAGUGCAGCAUUGCGACAGGGAGAGUCAGCCAGCUUCAAGUGCAGAGUCUACGGUGGAGCAGAGCCCAUACGUCUGGAGUGGAAACUGUCCAACAACCAGCCCUUUCCUGACAAUGUGAAGGUUGGCCAUUACGGCACUGUCAUCACCAUCGCUGACGCCCGCCCGAGCAACCAGGGCACCUACAACUGUGUGGCUACCAACCUGUUUGGAAUCACCCAGAGUAUCGUCUCUCUGAUCAUCAGAGAGUCUCCUGUAGCGACCAUCACCCCUCAGGGGCCCGUGCGAGUCAGGAUGGGUGGACCCAUUAACCUGGAGUGCCAGGCUUCCGGGGAGCCACGCCCAUCUGUCACAUGGCACAGACUGGACAGCGCCCGCAACACCAUGCUUAGCAGCCCUGUGCCCAUGGAGUCCAACGCCGUCAUGCAGGUCCUAGUGGCCCGUCCAGAGGACAGUGGUACCUACGUAUGCACAGCCCGCAACGACGAGGGCACCACAGAGACCAGGGUGGAGGUGAUCGUGGAGGGGGCUGCCCAGGUGCCCGUCACGCCCCGUGCCUCUGUGCCCGAUCCCCUCAUGGUGGUGGUGGAGGGACAGAGCACCACACUGAGAUGUGACGCUCACGGCUUCCCUGUCCCUAAGAUCACGUGGUCUAAGCUGCGUGCCCCUCUCCCCUGGAGACAUAAGGUAGUGGACAACACGCUGAUCCUGCCCAAUGUUGGCCGGGCAGACUCUGGAGAGUACAUCUGCAACGCCACCAACAGCAUGGGCACCACCGAAGUCACCAUCAUGCUGGACGUGGAGACUCCUCCCUAUGCCACCUCCAUGCCCGACGACGUGGCAGUGCGUGUGGGCGAGGUGAUCCGGCUGCAGUGCCUGGCCCAUGGUACUCCCCCCCUGCUCUUCCAGUGGACCAAGCUGAAUGGCAGCCUGUCCACCAGGGCCGACGUCCAAGGAGGAGACCUCCAGAUUAACCUAGCCACACCCGAAGACGCUGGCACCUACAAGUGUGUCGCCACCAACAAAGUGGGCACCAGUGAAGCACAUGCCACAGUCACUGUCAGGUCCCCCCUGGCAGUGCGUGUGUCUCCUCAGGUGGAGGUAAAGGCCCGGGGUAGUGCUGUAGAGUUUACCUGCUCUGCUGCAGGAGGCCUGGGGACCACCAUAGAGUGGCUGAAGGAGGGAGGAGCCCUGCCCCCCAACCAUCACAUCAAAGAUGGGGUGCUGAGGAUUGAGAACCUGGAGCAGCGCAACGAGGGCAUCUACAUCUGCAGAGCCACCAGUGUUCACGGCCAGGCCCAGGACUCCGCCAAGCUUACCAUCCAAGCCCUGCCCAAGGUGAUGAUCAACGUACGUACCGCUGUGCAGACAGUGAUGGUGGGUAACUCUGUGGAGUUUGAGUGCCAGGCAAUCGGCGAGCCCCAGCCCACGCUGCGCUGGAGCAGGGUGGGAGGGCCCCUGCCGGCACACAUCAUGGUGAAGGGAGGCAUGCUGAAGAUCGAUCAGGUUUCUGAUGCUGACGCUGGACAGUACCGCUGCACUGCCACCAACGACGUGGGCUCUGUGCAGUCUCAGGUGGUCCUACAUGUCCAGUCCCUACCCCAGAUCGCAGCUCUGCCAGAGCUGAACGAAGUGACAGUGGGAUCAGAUGCUGUCCUGCCCUGUGUGGCAUCAGGCUACCCAGUGCCUGCCAUCAAAUGGUCCAAGCUGGAUGGGGAACUCCCUCCUAAGUGUAGACAGGUAGUCAACACCUUGACGGUUCCCGAAGUGACCCACAAGGAUUCUGGCACCUACGUGUGCACUGCCUCCAACAAGCAGGGCAAAGUGGAGGCCUUAACAACCCUCAAAGUCCAUGAUCGAGUGAUGCCCUAUUUCACCCAGGAGCCCCUGUCCUAUCUCACUCUGCCCACCAUCAAGAACGCCUACAAGUCCUUCAGCAUCAAGAUCAGCUUCAGGCCAGACAAUCCUGAUGGUCUCAUCCUCUAUGCGGGUAUGAUCAUCUACAAUGGACAGAAGAGGACCAUGGGAGCAGACUUCAUCUCUCUGGGGCUGGUGGGAGGCAGGCCUGAGUUCAGGUUUGACGUGGGUUCUGGCAUGGCCACCAUCCGCUACCCCACCCCCAUCAAACUGGGAGAGUUCCACACCAUAGAGCUCUACCGCAACCAAACCCAAGGCUCCAUCAUAGUGGACAGGGAGGCCCCCGUCAAUGGGAGCUCACAGGGAAAGUUCCAGGGACUGGAUCUAAACGAGGAGUUGUAUGUGGGUGGUUACCCCAACUACACCCUAUUGGCCAAGACAGCUGGCCUCAAGACCGGCUUUGUCGGGUGCAUCCGUAAGCUGGUCAUCCAAGGUGAUGAGAUCAUCUUCAAGGAUCUGCAGCGCAGCUCCACGGGCGUGUCCAACUGUCCCGUCUGCACUGACCGCCCCUGUCAGAAUGGAGGGAUGUGCCAGGACUCUGAGGCCAGUCUGUACAAGUGCAGCUGUCCCAGAGGAUUCACAGGGAGUAACUGCCAGCACCACUCCUCCCUGCACUGCCACCCAGAGGCUUGUGGACCGGACGCCACCUGCAUCAACCGUCAGGAAACCCUGGGCUACGACUGUCGAUGCCACCUGGGCAAGUCUGGAAACAAGUGCAUGGACGGUGAAUUGGUGACUACUCCCCUGUUUGACGGUACGGACUCGUACAUUGCAUACCCUCCUCUGACCAACAUCCACAACGACCUGCGCAUCGGGAUGGAGUUCAAACCCAUGGCCCUGAACGGCCUGAUGUUCUUCAGCGUGGGCAAGAAGAUGAAGACUGAGGACUUUGUCUCCCUGGAGAUGGUAGAUGGAUACGUGCAAUUCCGCUAUGAACUGGGGACUGGCCAAGCUGUCCUGCGCAGUCCUGAGCCGAUCACCCGUGGCCAGUGGCACCGCGUGGAAGCCGGGCGCCUCGACAAGGACGGCUCUCUGACGGUUGACGGUGGCCGGGAGGUCAGGAGGUCGUCACCUGGCAAGGCCCAGGGCCUGAACAUCCACACCCCCAUGUACCUGGGAGGAGUCCCCAACUUUGAGAUCGUACCCAAGACCCUUAACAUCAGUGAUAUGUUUUAUGGAUGCGUUGGAGAGGUGUCCAUCAAUGGUAAGAAGGUGGACCUGUCCUACAGCUUCACAGAGAGCAUGGCCAUCGUCCAGUGUACGGACAACAGUCCCUGUGACCGCAACCCCUGUCUGAACGGGGCGAGAUGCAUGCCCACUGCUGAGUAUGAAUACCAGUGUCUCUGCAAGGAUGGCUUCGAGGGUGAGCGCUGUGAGGUGGUGAGGGACACCUGCCAGAGCAGUGACCAGUGCCAGAAUGGAGGCAGCUGUGUGAAUGGCCAGUGUGUGUGUCCCGUAGGCUUCAAUGGCCCCAUCUGUGGACAGAGCCAGGUCUCCAGCUUCGCCGAGGCCCUGUGGAAUUUGGAGGGUAGCGGGGGGAAUGAUGCCCCCAUUGAGUAUGCAGCUCAAUUCUAUGACAACGGUUACCUUGCUCUUCCCAAGACGAUCUUCCCCAGAAGCGGCCCUGACGCUCCAGAGACCAUCGAGAUGGAGCUCAAGGUCAACACCUCCUCCAAAGAGGGCCUGAUCCUGUGGCAGGGAGUAGAGCUUGGAGAUCAAGGAAAGGGCAAGGACUUUAUAAGUCUUGGUCUGCAAAACGGACACUUAGUCUUCAGCUACCAGCUGGGCAGUGGAGAGUCUCAGAUACAGUCCAGAGAGCCCAUCAAUGAUGGCAGAUGGCACAAGGUCACUGCCGUGAGAACUGGUAAACAGGGAUAUAUUCAGAUAGACGGAGCAGCCAUUCAACGAGGACAAUCACAAGGCAAAAGCAUCAUGGUGAACACCAAAGGCAGCGUAUACCUGGGGGGAGCCCCAGAUAUAUCUGCGAUGACGGGAGGGAAGUUCUCCUCGGGGCUCACAGGCUGUGUGAGGAACCUGUCUCUGAUGAACGCCCGGCCGGGAGACCAGCCAGCCAGACCCAUCGAGCUGCAGGCCGCCGCAGAGAAUGGCAUCAACGUUGGGCGCUGCUCCUCAUAGACCUAUAGCAGCCCCCCCCCCCCCACACACACACACAGAGACUAUGGAGACGAGAUUCAAUCAGACUCACAGAGAGACUUGCCCACGUACAUACAUACAGUCAGUUUGAAAAAAAAACAUGGUGCUUUGCUGCUACCAAAAACAAAGUUACUCAACAAAAUUAUAUUUUGCUCUCUGUGCAUUGAAUCAAAAAAAAGGUGAACAAAUACUAACAAGUCUUCACUUGCUUAGUGCUGUAUUCUCAAUGAAGGACACAGGAGAUCCAGUACAGUUUUCAUACUCCCAGCAGUAGCUUUUAGUCAUGAGAAAGAGUCAAAUGCCAUAGGCCUUCUACAAUGGAUCAGAUCCUAUGGAGUUGGAGAUGUUUUUACAGCACUGAAUUUUUAUUUCUAUACAUAUAAAUAUAUAUUAUAUAUUUGUGGGGGAAACAUGCAAACUAACCAUAACUGCUCUUUGUCCUAGAGUUGAUUUUGGGUUCUAAUAUUGUGUGUGUCCAGGGCUUUUUUUAUAAGGCCUAGUUGUGUUAAUACUUGCAGACAUUAAAGCCUUCUUUCUUCACUUCUG